GGCUUGUCUAGAAUAUAGUGCGUAGAUUCCACUGAGGGUUUGAGGGUUAGGGUUUGGGGCUAUUUCUUUCUCGGUUGGCAGGAUGAAUGACUCUGCGCAAACAUUUCGGAGCCACGCGUGCAACCGCCUCGAUCCCGUCGAUUGUUUCUCCCGGCCCAUUCCAAAAAAUCAUUUUCAUGGGGAGGAAAGCAACGACGACCUCUGGGAAGAGUUGUACAGAAACCCGCAAUUUUACGAGCUUCACGCGAUUGGAACGGUAAGCACACCUCUAUCCGUUUACAGCUCGAUGAAAAUAGCGUGGAUGUUGGCAUCACUACACUAAGUACUGCUCAACAUUGCAAUUGCUUCUAGAAGGUGAAGACAAAAACUUCGGUGGCCACGCAUUCCGGUGGACGAGAGCAAUCUGAAGUGAAUCUAGAUCUACAUUGAUAUUACAGGGCCGAGGUGCGCGCUUAGGCCUCAAGUGCCGAAUCUGCCACGACAUCAAUGACAUGACCUCAAGACACAUCGCCCCCCUCUGCAGGCAGCACAAAAAGAACGCCCCCUACGCCUCCCCAGCGUUCGUACUCGAGUACGGUGAGCCGCUCGUUAUCGAGGGGAGGUUUGGUGCCAACCUGCGACCCGUGAAUGUGCGCAAUUUUCCCGGAAGGCAUGUUCCUGAACAGUACGCGAAGUUCGACGCGCACUAUCCCGCAGCCGCCAUCGUGCCGGAAGGCAGAAACCUGCAAAAAAGCAGGCCGGACUGCGAGCGUGUCGCUGAAGCCAGGUUACAAGCACGAGAGGAAAUUAUUGUGUCGAGGCUAUCCUCGGAACAAAGUAGAUGUAUGCCCGACGUACUAUCUAGAUUCCACAAAACUUCUGGCACCAGUGAUGGAAGUGAUUCGCUUGCUGCCGACAGCUCGGCGAAAAAAAAGCUCUCGUGCCAGCAGCGAGGACGGGCGAAAGAGAGCUACGCAGGUAACUGUGCGGCCCGCGCGAUGGUGCGUCAGCCGACACCUGCGCCUGGGAAGCGUAGAGGCGUCGAAAAAAGCGGAGCGGAUUCUUCGUCGUCGCGGGUGGGGGUUGUCCGAGGCCAAGAUAGGGACCAGCAGCACCGUCGGAGAGCGGCCGCCCCCGCACUUUUGCCCCGAAAUCGAGUUGCAGGCCCGCCAUGUGAAGAUGUUAAGCUGCUUUCCACGACGAACGUUCAGCAGCACAGUCAAGUUGGUCAGCGAAAAGAACAACUGCCUGCGAAAAGCUUGAUGUGGGCGAGAGUAAGACAGCCUGAGACGCUUGAGCAAAAGGAGGCCCGGCUGAACGAGCGCGAACGUGUUUUGGACGAGUGGCAGAAGGACUUAGAAUUGCGGCGCGGCUUCCCGGGGCUCGCUUACAAGGACGCGCUUCUGGAUGCGCGGGCGCGCGCACUGAACCAGUGGCAGAACGACCUCCAGACUUUCCGGCCCAGGUUUUCGUCCGCUUUCGCGGCCUGCCUCUCUGUUCGGGAAAAGCGGCAGGUUCGGUUUGACGUCGUGGAGGCAUGGGCCCCACACUUCUGCUGUGCAAGCGAUACAGGGUCCUCUGCCUCCUCUGUGUCGGCAAGGAGCAUGAGGGCCGCUAGCUCGUCCGCCGAUUCCGACUCGUCUUCGAGAGACGACUCCAGCAACGAAUCCACAGAGCCGUGUCGAAAAAGUCCUCGCGUUGAUCGGCGGCGAAAUCAUGUUGUUCCCGCAAGGAGCAGUUGUCGCAAGCGGAAGAAAACUCCAGGGCCCAGCCAAUCUUCUUCCUGCUCCCAGCGCGGGCGUUCGUCGAAAUUAAGUAGUGGCUUCGCCAAAGGCAAAAAAACGCAUUCCAAAAGCCGAAAUACACCGUCGACUCAGGAUGACUCAGCGGAUGAGAUUUAUGACGAGUGAUAAAAUAAUGCCAGGGCUGAAAACCGACACAAUGCAGAAAAUGUUCAACCUCAAAAAUUGGUUCUGGCGCCGUGCUUUCAAUGGCGCUGGUCCUGGUGUUUCUAGAACGAGACGUCUGUUACUCUUGAUUCCCGUUCUGUGCGUGGUUGUCCACUCUCAAUGAUGCUGUAGUUUUCUUGCUCGAAGAUUAUG